AUGAAGAGGAGGCGGGGCCAAGCGAGUGAGAUAGUGACGCUCUCGGCAGGUGCCAACAAGUAAGAGGUGGCCCCGACUGGAGAUGGAGAAGAGUCACUGAGCGCAGAAGACAUCCUCGCAGCAUCCACCCACACAGACCCAGUGUGUUCUCCAGUCGUCCUAUUAGAAGUCUUCUCACCUCUGCAGCCAUGUUGCUUCGUUCCAUACUGCUCGGAACCGCCCUGCUCAUCCUGGCCCCCAUGGAGGCCCUCGAGGCUCGCGCUCUUCAUCCUUCCUCUGAUGGCGCUCAGUUAAUGGAGCAGCUCCUCGAUCGUUAUAAUGACCUGCUGACCAUGGACGACCUGGAGAACCUUCUGAACAGCCCGGCGGACGAGCAGUCCACCUUGUCUUCCGGGGCCAAAGCGUCCGAGUUUCCUGCCAAAUGGGCCGAAGUCCAGCUGGAGACACCCUGGCUCCGCCUCCUCCGCGGGGCCCUGGCCAAUCAGAAGCCGGCAGAGUCAGAGCGCUCCAGGAGGGGAUGGAACCGAGGCUGCUUUGGCCUUAAACUGGACCGUAUCGGGUCGAUGAGCGGAUUGGGUUGUUAGUUAACAGACUGCCGUCAUCUGUUUCAGAUGAUGACGAACCUCAAUGAAGUUGUUGAUGUGUUAGCAGCUUUCACCACUUUUGUAGUUGUUUAAUAGUUCAGCUGUAGUAUUUGAACUGUAUUAGAAUGCGUCAAUUAUGUUUGACAUCAAGCAGUAGCCCCCACCCAUCGUCAAGCUCGUGUUUCUAAUAGAUUAGGUUUAACUAGCUUUAGUCACCCGUUAUGGCCGGUGUUGUGAUGUGUUGGAAUCGUCCCAAGUACAAGUUGUGUCAUUUAAAAACAAACAAAAAAAACCAGUUUACAACCCAUCUUGUCCACACAACUGCCUUUUGUUUAC